AUGAAAAAUAGUUUUUUAGAUACAGAAAAGAAACCUAAAAUUACUGCAGCUCAGAUCCGUGUUCAAAAAGAUAUAACAGAGCUUCUUUUGCCAGAAACAAUGAAAAUAGAGUUUCCAAAUCCAAAUGAUCUUCUAAAUUUUUAUCUUAUAAUAUCACCAGAUGAAGGUUUUUACAAAAAUGGAUCUUUUCGCUUUAAAUUUAAUAUUGAUACAAAUUAUCCUCAUAAUCCUCCUAAAGUAAAAUGUGUGCAAAAAAUUUAUCACCCAAAUAUAGAUUUAAAUGGAAAUAUUUGUUUAAAUAUUCUUAGAGAAGAUUGGAAGCCAGUGCUUAAUCUUAAUGCUAUUAUGUUUGGUUUACAAUAUCUUUUUCUUGAUCCAAAUGUUAAAGAUCCUCUUAACAAAAUUGCUGCUGACGAUUUAAAGAAUAAUCAAGAAAAUUUUCGACAAAAUGUACAAAUUUCUAUGAAGGGAGGAUAUGUUUAUUCUGAAAUGUUUGAAAAUGUUAUAUUUUAA